AUGGUGGUGAAAGAGCCCCCAAACAAUGCCGCUGCUCCGGUUUUUCAACAAUUCCAUGCUUUACGACCUAUUUGAAAAUAAAGACAGGGUCGAAGCGUACGAAUACUGUGGCUCAAUCAUCGAAACGAGGCAAAAAGAAAGUCGAAAGAAAGUCGUUCUUCGAAAAAUCCAAGACAAAUGUGAGACGUUGAACAAGAAGCUUUUUAUGGAGGUGGUAUCUGACAAAAAAAAAAAUUAAAAAUUGGCGACCUUUAAAAAAUGGUCCGCGUAUGUAUGUUUCGCCGCAUUCUCGACAAAAUUUAAAUGUCGCAGCCAGGCGUUUAAGCACAGAAAACAGAUUGAAGUCAGUAGGAAAUUACUUUUGAAACCGUUCGAAAAUCAGCUCCGAAUUACCCAGACACAAUCGCCGGGUCCGCGAACCGGAGGGACGACGGAACGGAAAACGACGGACCAGGGGUCGUUGAAUCCGACGUCGGAGGCGAAAACAAACGUACUAAAAGAGAAAUGCAAACCAAAACUUGUCGAAGGCGAUUUGAUCGACGGAAUCAACACGUGGGCUUUUUUUUUUGAUAAUAAUAGGGAAAAACUAGGAAAAAAUCAAGGUCAUCCAUUCACUUCUAGGCUGCCUUCUACAAAUGGGCCCUAUCUGAACUGGAGAAACAAAAUUUCAAAGUUCUUCAACUAUUCAGAAAGGAAAAAAAGAGAAUGGUUAAUUCAGAUACAGGCUUUCUUCAAAAAAGAAAAUGCGACAUAACAAAAAUUUCGAAUAAAAUCGCAAUUUUCGGACAGUCCGAUUUUCCGUCAUUUUUUAAGAUUAGUUAGAAAUUCGUUCAAUAUUUAAAAGUUUUGGCUUCUGCGUAAACUGCUUUGAUUAUUCUUUCACUGAUUAUUAAUCAUGAGUGAAUUGGAAUGAAAAUUUCAAUAUACUCCUCCUCGGCCAUUUCUUCACGCCCUCCAAUUCAAAUUCAAAUGUUUUUUCAGAUACAAAGUGACAGGUCUUCUGAGAUCGGGUCGUGUCGUCGAAUACUAUAAAGCCAAGGACAAUGACCUGGAGGGUGUCGAAUAUUUGCUUCGAACUCAGAAUAGCGAAAAAGGGCGGCUGAAGAUUGAGGCGAGUUUUUUGAAAUAUAGGAUCAAUAACGAAUGAAAAGAUUCAAAAAAGCCAUUUUUUUUCGCAGAAAAAAGCGCUGAUCAUCAAAUUAUGCUUAAGUUCUCUGGAGAAACAACACUAAAUCUACUUCUUUCUCAACAGAGCGCAAAAACUUUCUCAAAAAAGCCACAUCAACGAAAAAUUUCAGGCCAAUCUCAUAAUGAAAGCCAGCAAAUUGCCGGGCGAGAAAAAAUUCUGCGAUUACGUUGAAUUUGGAAAUUCAGCAAGGCACAAGGUUGAUGUGAGUUUGGCUAUCUCUUCUGCUCAAAUUCGGAGGGAAAUUUGCAGUUUUUGAUCACCGGAAUGGUGGGACCAACGUUGGAAGAGGUCCGAACGCAGUACCUAAAGGCGGAUUUUUCGCUCGACUGCGGUUUCAAUGUUGCUUCUCAGAUGCUCAAGGUUGGAACAAAUCGAAUUAUCAAGGAAAAUCCAAAACAAAAGUGGCCGCCGGAAAAAUUUUUUUUUUUCUUUUCAAAAUCUUCUGGCAAAAAAUAGCCGUCAGUAAAGAGAAAAACUGAAACUGAAUGAAGAAUAGAAGUUACAGCCGCCGAAAAAAAAGCCAUAAGAAACAGUUUCCAAGAAGAUCUUCGAAAAGUUAGCUUCAGAAAAAAAGAGCCGCUGAAAAAAAGAGACAAAAUAGCCCUCAAAUAAAAAUUCAAAAAAUUACCCUAAUGGAAAACUUCCCUUAAUGAAAUCAUGAAAAUCUAAAAAACAGCCUGAGAAACACGCUAUUGUGACUUGUGAGCUUCAUUGAUAACCUAAUCAACUUAGCGACAGAGCGCAAAAAUCCGAUUUCUGGCUAUUUUUCUUAGCCUUUCCCGGCUAUUCUUAAUUUAUUUCUCACUGUAAUGACUUCUCGAAAUUAGGGAAUCCAAGACGUGCACAAAAUCGGUUACGUUCAUCGGCAUAUCAAGCCGGCCAAUUUUGUGAUUGGCGUUGGCGAUGCCAUUCAAAACGUGUACAUUUUCGACUUCCGGAUCUCCCGACAGCAUAUUGAUCCGUCAACAAAGAAGCCCAAGGUACCGAAAAGCAUGUUCAGUUUUCUCAAAUCUCUAAUUUUCAGCUAGCUCGCGAAAGAGUUCCGUUUUGCGGAACGGCCAGAUACGCAUCUCGAGCCAAUAUGCGCAACUUGGAGCAGGGCAGAAAAGACGAUUUGGAGUCGUGGAUCUACACGGUUAGUUUGGAUAGAACUAGUUGAAAAGACGGUCUUUAAAAUCUUCGAAAUUUGGCGUCAAAUGGUGGAUUUGCUCGUAUUUGACGUUACUUUUCGAAUCUAACAGACCUACUCAUAGCUCCGAAGACUUUCUUCGAACUCGAUAAAAAUUUGAAAAUGGCUCCUAGUAGCUUUUCCAGUGGCUUUAAUCUUGGAAGUCUCGCCAAGAGAUCCGAAACAGAUCUUGAUUUCUGAGAACUGAAAGACAUCCUUCAGCUUCAGAAACGGUUUAUCAGCCGUUUAUUCAGAGUAUUAACGUUGGUAAUUUCAUAAGUACCUCCAGAUCUUCUACCUAAUGGACCAGCAGAGCAUCUCCUGGCGUCGGCUCGACAAGGAGCGGAUUCUCGGCGAGAAGGAGAAGCUUUUCAAACAUGAACGUUAGUUCAACCUUCCCACCAAAAUCGCAAACUUUUUCAGUAAACGACACGUACAAGGUGAUUCCAAAGCAGAUGAAGCUGCUGAUCGACUACAUCAGGGAUCAGAAGUACGACGUUGAGCCGGACUAUUCUUAUCUUGAGACGUUUCUCAAGAACACUGCCAAGGAGUACAACCUCAACACGAAGAAGUGCGACUGGAAGGACGUCGCUCCACACGACGCUCAGCGCUGUCCGACAGUCGAGCUCUCGGUUGACAAUCGGCUCAGUGGCAAGAUGGACGAACAGCCCGGGUUCAUUUUUGAGAACGAAUAUGGAAAAUAAUUUCUUAAAGGGAAAGAGGGAAGAAAAAAAAGAAAACGGCGGACCGGAAGAAGAUGGACCCCGGCGAUGUUAUCAAGAGCGAGGGCAGCAGGUCGGACUUCAUUAAAAAAGAAAACUUUUUUGAAAUGCUUCUUUUUUUGAUCUAUUCAAUUCACCUUCCCACUGAGGAACUUGGCCUAUAUCUCAGCCUUUGUAGCAUCACUUGAACUUCAGUCGCCGCAUCGGCUACGCUCUACUUGAAAUUCGGGAACAGUAGCCCUACCCAAACCUGAGAUUUACCAGUUCUAUAAAAAUUUCAGACUUAGUAGUUCUAUCAUAAUGUUUUACUUUAAUUUAGUUACGCUACCAAAUCUUCAGGAAUGCUAGCGCUACCAAAAAAUCAAAUCUAAGAUCUUCACUAAAACAUUGGACUAAUAAGGUUAUUUUAAAUGAAUACGUAGUAUUAAAUAUCAAAUUCGACCUAACUAGCUCUACCAAAACUUCGAACUCUCUUUUCUACUGUCACCACCUAACUCGGUCCCAUCCAGCUGGAAAGUCGUCAGUCUCCUCGGUUCUGGCGGUUUCGGCGACGUUUACAAGGUGCACAAGGACGGCGGCCCGGCUGCCAAGGUCAGAAGCUUAAUCAGAAGACUUGAGAAAAUGUACUUUCAGAUGUACGCUCUCAAAACGGAAGGAUGUGAAGGCGAAAAACGAAUGUUGCGACUGAAGGUCGAGGUGAUGGUGAUGAUGAAGUGCUGGGCGGACAAGACGAAGAAAUUUGAGCAUUUUGUCGAGUUUGUCGACCGCGGCAAGUGCGAGGCUCUUCAAUGCAAGGUUUUUAGGAAAUCUAGCAUUUAAUCAAAAAUGAUAUGAUAAUGGUUUAGUUUGUUGUCAUGGGCCUGGUAGGACCAUCCAUCGACGAUGUCCGCAGAAAAUACAUACUUUCUCAGUUUUCUCGCAACACCACCUUCAAUGUCGCCAUUCAAACUGUUCAGGUAAUCGUUUCUUCAAAAAAAAAAAAGACUUAGUCAGCCAUAAACUCGCCACAUUCAUAGGUUCAGUUUCGAUAAAUAUCUUGAGAUCUUGAAGUUUGUUCUUCUUAUGAUUUGUUCCGCGAAUUAGCUUCAAAGUUCAAUUCUGAGUUUAAAAUGUUAUCUUAUUUGAGGCUUUAACUUCCAUUCUCUAUCUCAGAACCCAGCCGAUUCGAAAACUGAGCUCUUCAGACUCUUAGCUUAAACUUAGCUUAAACUCUCCAGAUUCCAGUCUACGGAUCCUCCACCUAGCUCUUUAGAUCCAUUAUUCUUCUCAUCUCCAAACCUCCAGCUAGUUCCAAAACUUUGAACACUCCGUUCCAGGCGGUAGAAGACCUACACAGUAUCGGCUACCUACACCGCGACAUCAAGCCGGCCAACUACGCUGUCGGUCUCGGCGAGGCCGAAAGUAUCGUCUACAUGCUGGACUUUGGUAUCGCCAAGACGUUCCUCGACCAGGGCGGACAGCAUAAAGUUUCUUACCAGAGUUUGAAGAAACAAGAAAAAGUUUAGACACCACGAAAGAAGGUCCGAUUUUUGGGGACAUUACGGUACGCGUCCAGAGCCUGUCACAAACAGCUGGAGCAGGGUCGAAAAGACGACCUCGAGUGUUGGCUCUACAUGGUUCGGAAACCUUUUUUUCAACUUGGAACUUCGAAAAUCUCCCAGAAAAGCGCAAAAGGUUCAAAGAGGCUGCAGAAAAAGACCUUAAAAGUCCAAAAGAGACGCCAUUUUGUGUCUUUCUUUUUUUUCUUGUUGGAAGCCUUGUUGAGCUCAAUAUUUCGAGAUUUUACGAAAGGCUACAGGAUUCAACAGGUGCACUUCAUGGUCAAUAUGAUCUCUUCAGCUAUUCGAAAUCAUGGACGACAAUUACGGUAUGCCGUGGUUCAAGACAGUAGGCGCCAAGAACGUUUUAGCCAAAAAGGAAGCCUUUUUUGAAGGAGAAUGUGGGAUUUUUUUUUUCCGAUUUUGAACCGAAAAAAAGGAUUUCCAGUACCGCAAAUGUAUACACGAAUGCCAAAAUCGAUGAGUAUUUUGGUCAAGUACAUUGACGGACUGGAAUACGCGUCGGAGCCGGAUUACACGUUGGUCUUCAAGAUUCAGAGAGGAAAAUGAUGAAAACUGACCCCUAAUGUAAAAGACAUCAAAAACUAUGUUGUGACGACUUAAGAACUGUGGUCGCAAGGAGGAUAACUCUAUGCGUUGCGGUCGCGUUGCUGUUAGCAUUAGAACUUGAAUUUCGAAACUCUUUUUGUCAAGCGUUUUUUUUUUUUCAUGAUGACCACAACACUUCGAGCCAUUCCCAAUGCAACCAAGUUUUAGAAACGCGGACUUAAUCCAUCUUAUACUUAUAAUUGACGGAAAAAGCGCUUAAAAUCUCAGUCGAAGUCUCUAAUUCCAGCUACAUCAAAGAGUUCCUCCGAAGCUGCGCCAAGGACAACGGCAUCAAGAUCGACAAGAAGCUCGACUGGCUGGGCAAACUGAAGAAACGCGCGGAUCUCGAUGUGACUUUUGUUCUCAUCAUUAUUACUGAUGAAUUGAUUUUAUCUCUCGAAUCGACUCCAAAUGAAUCUGAUAAUCGAUCGAUUCAGAGCGGAACGUCGGACAGCGACGAGGACAAGGCGUCGCGGUCGGGCUCCGAAUAA